AAACAGAAAAAAACGAAGAAAAGAAAAAAGUGAUAACCGACCGAGUAUCUUUUUCCUUAAUUCCAAAACUGCCCUGCUACGUUGAAAGCUCGUCUCCGUGCAUUCCCGCAUUUGGGGUUUGCUUGUAAUCAGGACAAGCAUACCCUCGAAGCGGCUCACAGAUCGCGAUUCGAUCCAAUUCCAAAACGAAGGAAAUGAAAGGCCCUCUCUCAUAGGUUCGCAGUAAUCUUCGUGGUCCGUACGUGCAUGCACUUCGGUAACGCCCAUAUCCCAUUGAAAACGCCACCCAAACCAACCCACAAUACCCGGAAUUGUGUAAUUUCCGAUUAAAGGGUAGAAAAGAGAAAGAAGAAAAGGCGCGAACGGAGAGAGAGAAAAGCUCCUAUCUUCGCAACUUUCUCCGCAGAUCUUGAAACCCUAGAUUUCCAAUCUACGUCGUCUUUCCUUUCUUUCUGGUCGGUUUUGAUGAUACGCGUUUGGACGGAGAGAAAAGCGCCUUUCCUCGGUCUGUUGAUUGCUUCUUUCUGGUUUUGAUGAGAUACCAGCGGGAUUUGGAGAUUUCGCCUCUUUUCCGUUGCCGUGGAGGAUUUCGGUUUAAGCGGCAGGAUUGGAUCCGUUGAUCGAUGUUUUUACGGUCGGAUAUGGAUGAUGCUGGCGAGUCGUUUGUUGCGGUGAGGAGGAUCUCGCAAGGGCUAGAGCGGGACGGCGGUUGUCAUUCGACCUCUGCUGAGGUUGUGGCAGGAUCAGCUGCAUGGAUUGGGAGAGGACUUUCUUGCGUUUGUGCUCAGAGAAGAGACAGCGAUGCCCGCCCUUCAUUUGACUUAACCCCUUGCGAGGAGGAGUGCUUACAAAAGCUGCAAAGACGCAUAGAAAUUUCCUAUGACUGUUCCAAUCCAGAGCACCAGGAAGCCUUGAGAGCCCUCUGGUAUGCAGCUUUUCCUGGAGAAGAACUGUGUGGUUUAAUAUCCGAGCAGUGGAAGGACAUGGGUUGGCAAGGAAAGGACCCAUCUACAGAUUUCAGGGGUGGUGGUUUCAUAUCACUGGAGAACUUACUAUUCUUUGCCAAGACCUUUCCGAAAUCUUUUCAGGAUCUUCUCCGGAAGCAGGAUGGUGAUCGAGCCAUGUGGGAGUACCCGUUUGCAGUAGCUGGUGUGAACAUCACAUUCAUGCUCAUUCAGAUGCUUGAUCUCGAAGCUGCCAAACCAAGAUCGAUGAUGGGAGCAGUUUUCGUGAAGCUACUUUCAGAAAACGUGCAGGCAUUUGAUCUCUUGUACUGCAUAACAUUCAAGUUGAUGGACCGGCAAUGGCUUUCCAUGCACGCUUCAUACAUGGACUUCAAUUCAGUGAUGAAAUCCACACGCCGGCAGCUGGAAAGAGAACUGCUGCUUGAGGACAUCACGCGCUUGGAGGACAUGCCUUCCUACAGCCUUCUCCUUCAAUAGGGGAGCAUACUUGAGUCAUUGAAUGAUGAAGAUGGUGGCUUGCAGAAGUGGGAUGCGAUUCAUUGAUCCUCUUUUCUUCUUUUUCUGUUUUCUGUUUUCUUUUUCCUUUUUUUUUUUGGCCCUCUUUUCCACUUAUAUUUGGCGGUGUUUCAAGAUUGUGUUGCUUGUUAGAGCCUUCAUAGAUUCGAGAAGUGGGUUGGGUGUGUAAGGCUGCAUGCAAUGAUUCAAAUGCAAUGGCAUCCAAUCACAGAGGUGCAAUCCCUGCUCAUUGUUCUGAUUAGGUGGUCCGAUCGCAGACCAUUGAAGUGCAGUCGUAUUAAUGGAAUUUUAGAUCUCUUGGUCUUCA